AUGCCUUCUUACGCUGUCUUCGGUGCAUCACGUGGUAUUGGUCUUGAGUUUGUCCGCCAGUUUGCUGAAGACAAAGACAACCAAGUCUUCGCGGUCGUGCGGAGCCCCAACAACUCUCCCCUUCUUGCGGAGGCCAUCAAGACUCUCAAGCACAACAACGUGCAAAUCGUGAAAGGAGACCUCGCCGAUGUAACCUCUAUCAAAGUAGCCGCUGCUGAGAUUGGAAACGUCACAGGCGGGUCGUUGGAUUAUCUCAUCAACAACGGGGCCUACAUAUAUACGGAGGGCGUUGCCUUAUCUCUGCCAGACUACGAGAAGCUACUUGAGGACGACCUCCUCAACACCUAUCGCACGAACGUUGUUGGAGUCGUCCACGCUAUCAACGCCUUCCUUCCUCUCCUCCGCAAGAGCGCCAUCAAGAAGGUCAUCACACUCUCCACAGGUCUCGCUGACCCGGACGUGAUCAUUCGAUCCGGCUUCACCGUAAACCCCGCCUACGCCAUAUCUAAGGCUGCCGUCAACCUUGUCGUCGCCCAGUACGCAGGCCGCUUGCAUGAGGAGGGCUUCACCUUCAUUUCCCUCAGCCCCGGGCUCGUCAACACCGCUACUGCGCCGCCGACCCCGGAGCAGAUCACUGCCUACCAAGACACGGUCAACAAGUUGAAGAAGCACUCGCCCCACUGGGACGGGGUACCGCUCACCCCGGAGCAAUCAGUCAAGUACAUGCGCCAGGUGAUUGACAAAGUGGGCCCGAAGGAUUCGGGGGCUUCCCUUUCGCAAUUCGGUAACAAGCAGUGGCUGUAG